AUGUCCAGCAGCCCAUUCCCCUACACUUGCGAGCUAUGCGGUGCCGAGGGACUGACAGACGAGGGAAUGCGCUCGCACACCCUAGAAGCCCACGUGGCUGGGAGACCGGACUGUCCAUUUUGCGACUGCACCGUACCACAGCCCCAGCUGGUGGGACACGUGCAGAGGGUCCAUCUCCAUUACCUUACUCCGGAAAGAGAAUUGAUGGCAUUUAUAGAUGAUCAAAGUCCUGGUUAUGAUGAAGAUUCCAAAAUGACAACCACAGAUAGUUGUAGCUAUAACACCCCAGGCUCCAUCAACGGUUGGCAUAGCCCCGUGGAAGUAUCGACGUCCUUCCACAACGGCGCUAUUUCCAAAAACAAUAGCUACUAUCACAAUGGGUACCAAGAAAAGGAAAACUGCAACCAUAAGAGCGAGAAGGAAGAAGAGAGGUUCUCUCGCUCUCCCAAAAAUAUUAACCUCGCUAACGGCAUGAAAAAUAUUAACAACAGUAAUGGUGUCAUCAAAAAGAAAAGUAAAGUAACAUCUACGGAAAGAGGAGUCGUAAAUGGAUUAGACAAAAAGAGUUCCCAUUCAAGUCCGACUCAUAAUAACAUGAACAAUUACGAAGGUUCUCCAAAAAGUAACAAGUUACCAAUGGCGAGCGCUGGACAGGGAUCACCUUUGAGAUCACAAUUGGCUUUAAAAUUAAAAUCGAAUACACCAAAGAAACUUGCUCCUACCCCCAGUCCAACCGUUCAAUGUCUUCUGUGCGACUUUACAUCAGCAUGUCCUCGAAAACUGGAAGAACACAUAAACCGUGCGCAUUUCGAUUUAACAUCUCCUUCGGUUAUGGGAAAUGCAAAUUCUAUUGAGAAUUUAGACAACGCCACAGUGGGCCUAGCAAAUCCAACCAUCGGUCUAUCUAAUCCGACGGUCGGUUUAACCAAUCCUGUUAUAAACUUGGAUAACCCGACGUUGGCUUUAAGUGCGAUGGCGUUGUCUCCCGGCCCUCACAGCUCACCAUUUCAGUGCCCCAUUUGUGAGAAAGAGUUCGCAAAUGGAUCAGAAGUAGAGCUCCAUGUCAAUGUUGAACAUCGAGACAUCCUGAGUCCUCAAAAAAACGAUCAAAUUGAUAAUGCAUCGUGUGAUGAUGUUGUCAUGAUGGAAGAAAGUCCGGUCAGCAACUGCCCCAUUUGCUGUCAGCCAUUACCGCCUUCACAGCAUGAGUUGAUACAGCACAUAGAAGAACACUUCGAAAGAGGAGAGGAAGUAGGCAGUUCUAGCCUCUCUGAGGCGGACAGAGAGGCUCAAAAGACCAGAGAAGAGCAGGAAUUCCAGUUAUUGAGAGCUCAAUAUGGUAUGGAAGAAGAUGAAGAGGGUUAUAGUAGCCGUGCCGCUAGUAGUCUCCGGCGAGCUGUGUACAGUGGAGCAUUAUCUGUAGCCGGCUACUAUGAACGCAGUGUGGGUCUCAGGAGGGCAUCGGCAUCAGGGCUAGAUACAGGUUGUUCAAAAACUAGUGGAAUAUUGGAGAGGAUAGUCCAACUGAAUGCUCAAAAUCCAAGUAUAGUCAAAACUUAUUUGUGCAGCGCAGUCGACCAUUAUGCAAGCACUUAUGGAGAUAGAGGUUGGGGUUGUGGUUACAGGAACAUGCAAAUGGUCCUAUCAUCCCUGCUGCGUCACCCGCCCUACGCAGCCUUACUGAGCGGGGUCACGGAAAGGGAGUGCGACUGUGUUCCAUCUAUACCGAGUCUGCAGCGCCUGGUCGAGCGAGCUUGGAGUCUGGGCUUUGACACGCAGGGUUCCGAGCAACUUGGAUGUAAAUUGCACAACACCAGGAAAUGGAUCGGCGCCUGUGAGGUUGUCACUGUUCUCUCUUCGCUCAGGAUUAAGUGUUCACUCAUCGACUUCCACAAACCGACCUCCGCGGACGGCAGCCACCCGGCGCUUUUCGAUUGGGUUUACAAAUAUUUUCAUGACGACCCUCACACCUUCAAACCACCGUUGUACUUACAACAUCAAGGUCACUCCCGAACCAUAAUAGGGUACGAAAAGCACAAGGAUGGCAAAGCGACUCUACUCGUGUUGGACCCUUCGCACUCUCCUGCGCAGGUACGUCAAGUCGUAUGCGGUAGUAUGAGCGCCUGCGCGGGUGCCCUCCGUCUGUUAAGACGCGGGUCGAGCGCGCUGCGAGCUCGCCAAUACCAACUGCUGUGUGUCACAGGCCUCAUAUCCAGCGACCAGGAGUAUGAGGCGAGUAAAGUCCUUCAGUCGGUGAGGAUCCCCUAA